AUGCUACUCAGAAUAGGAAGAAGACACUUUACCACCAAUAUCAGAGCUAGCUUCGACCAACCAUGGCUGCGAACCAAGAACAACACACUCCAGCAACGCCCCCCAGGCCUACUGGGCUAUCCCGAACUGAGCCAUCCAGAGGAGCUCAUCAGGCUAUCCGAACAGACCCUCCGACGGGCCGGACUCAUCGUCUCCCGGAUCGUCCACUCAUUCACUCCUCAUCAUAAUACUAAUCCCAAGCUUCCUCAACAGGCCUUCCUCGACUCCAUCACCGCCUUCGAUCGGCUCUCAGACGUCCUCUGUCGGGUCAUCGACCUCGCCGAGUCCAUCCGCAACUUGCAUCCCCACCAGGAAUGGGUCUUCGCAGCUAACCAGGCCCAUCAGUUGCUCUCCAGAUACAUGAACACCCUCAACACCCACAAGGAGCUCUACGAUGCCCUCGAUUUCACGCUCGCUCGAGUCUCCAAAGACGACGAUCCCAAGCUGGUGGCCGCCAAGACGGUAGCCCAACAAUUCAUCCGGGACUUCCAACGGCAUGGGAUCGAUCUGAGCGGGCGAGAGCGGAAGAAGCUGGUCGAGAUCUCCGACGAGAUGAUGGCGGUUGGACGGAUGUUCUUUGCGGGGGCCUGUUCGAGUGGAGGGGCUGAGGAGGAAGGGAGCAGCAGCAGCACCUGGACGACGGCGGAGGAGGUGCGUCAGAUCGGCUCGAUGAUCGGCCCGGAGCCGCUCGCCUUUGACGGACAGGAGGGGCGGGCGCUGAUCGAGCCGAACGGAUGGCCGGCCCAUGCGCUCCUACGCUACCAUCCCUCGGCGACCGUCCGACGACGGAUCUGGCUGAGCCAACGACAGAGUCCAGACACCCAAGUCAUCCUACUCGAAUCCUUACUCAAACUACGCUACCAAUUCGCCCGUCUGACCGGGAAACAGAACUGGGCCGAGGUCGUUUUGGAGGACAAGAUGCUCGGCUCACCCGCCAAUGUCCGUCGCUUCUUGGACGGCUUGGCCCAAGAGACCCGACCUCUGGUCCAAGAAGAAUCCCGCAGACUUCGCCAGGUCAUGCCCCCCGGAAGCAAGGACCCUAUCCAUCCCUGGGACCGGGACUACUACUCCCAACUGCUAGUAGCCUCCCGUCAAUCUGCGCGAAAUCCGGCGGCCAAGAUGCGCUUCUCAGUCGGCAAUUGUCUGGAGACUCUUUCGAGUCUGUUCUCGCAGAUCUACGGGAUCUCCUUCGAGGUCGAAGCGCCCCAAGGGCCCGAAGAGGUCUGGGACGAGCUGGUAGUCAAGCUAGCGGUGAUCGACGAAGCCGAAGGGAGGAUCGGGACCAUCUACUGCGACCUCUUCGAUCGGCCCGACAAGUCCUCCGGGGCCGCCCAUUACACCGUCCGCUGUUCGCGCAGAACCGAUCUCGACCAAGCCCAUCUCGAUUUCCAGUUCCUGGAUGACCCCCAUCGACCCGUCAUCGAUCAGCUCUUCCCCGAUCCACUUCGCUCAGAGCCUUUGCAAGUCCCGGUCUCCCCAAUCCCUGGUAAAAUCGGCACCUAUCAACGCCCUGUAGUCGUCUUUAGUUGUACCUUCGAACCCCCUAAUCUCAUCGAUCGACAGCCGAGUCUCUUGGCUUGGUCUGAGGUCGAAACGCUCUUCCACGAAAUGGGCCAUGCGAUUCAUUCAAUGAUCGGUCAGACCGAAUUCCAUAACGUUUCGGGAACUAGAUGUCCGACGGAUUUUGUGGAAUUGCCGUCGAUUUUGAUGGAGCAUUUCGCGCGCUCGAAGCCGGUGCUGAGGCAGCUGAUCCGCAACCAAGCAGACCCGCACAAGAAUGAUCAGAUCAGAGAUGUGGAAGGGAUGGUCACCGGGUUCGCGGAUUUCCAAGCGGGCAGCGAGGCGGGGAUGAUGCGGGCGACGGAGACCUAUUCGCAGCUCCAGCUGGCCGUCUUGGACCAGCUUUUCCACUCGGAGAUCGUCGCCAGUCCGGCGUUCGACUCGACCUUCGAAUACCAACGCGUCGUCCGAGAAUACGAGCCCGCUUCCUCCUCGGCCUUCUCCGAGGACGCAGGCUCCGAUCGCUGGCAUGCUAGGUUCGGCCAUCUCUAUGGCUACGGGGCGAGCUAUUAUUCGUACCUCUUCGACCGGGUGAUCGCCCAGAAGAUCUGGGCCACCCUCUUCGAUCCAAAUCCUACCCCUCCUCUGGCCCCCGGCUCCCCGCAUAAUGAUCAGCUUAGUAGGGCCAACGGAGAGCGCCUCAAACACUCUCUGCUCAAGUUCGGCGGCGCUAGAGAUCCUUGGAUCUCGCUCGCUGAGAUCCUUAACAUCGACCAGCUCGCCGAUGGCGGCUUCAAGGCCGUCGACGUCGUCCGGAAAUGGGGCCUUUGGAAAUAA